GCUAGUCUUUUCCUUCGAAUUCAGCUCAGCCGCUCAGUCUUACCAUAGCAGAGAGCUGGAACUGCGCUGCAGCCACCAGCUCUGUCCGGGGCCUCUUCACUCCGGCGGGAACGACUGCCAUCUCUGCGCCGCGCUUCUUUGGUUCGAUCGAUCAUUGUUGAGAAAAAUACUCAAAACCCGAAAAUAAAUGAAAAACUAUCAGAUUCUUUUCAAAUUAAUGAGUUUUUCGAGCCACCAACCACCACCGAGCUACACACCCGGUUACACGAAGGCUUCUGAUUGGCUGGCUCACGCACAACGCGAUCUUAUUGGCUACUGUUAAAUCUCUGAACCGGAAGACAAUGCACUGCCACUGACGGAACUCAUGUUUCAUCCAAACAAGGGGAAUGUAUUGCUCGAAAUGUAUUUACGUGUUGCGUUGGGAUGUUUUGUAGCGUAUUAGUAACGUGGCUCUCGGCAUUUUUUAUUGGAUAAUGAUUUUUGUAAUUAAAACUGCGACGAUUUAACACGUGCACUUUGCAGUCAUCUUGUAGAUUCUUUUGAAAUUACGCUAAACUCUCCUAGACCUAAGAAGAAGAAAACAAAACUUUCCUAGACCUGAUUCGCAGUCCAUCAGGUGUGAUGGCAGAGGAGCGGAUGAGAGAGCCAGCUGGUCUGGAUGGACUGCCGCCUAUGUACAGCAUUCUGAAGGGAGAGGUAGUUUCUGUCACAACAUACGGUGCUUUUGUUAAGAUUCCAGGAUACAGAAAACAAGGUCUGGUUCAUAAGAGUGAGAUGUCAUCCUGUCGGGUGGAUAACCCAGCUGAAAUUGUUGAUGUAGGGGAGCACGUAUGGAUAAAAGUAAUUGGCAGAGAGAUGAAAGAUGAUAAAGUAAAACUGUCCUUCUCUAUGAAAUCUGUCAAUCAAGGCACUGGGCGGGACUUAGACCCCAACAAUGUUAUGGCAGAACAGGACGAACGUCGCCGGAGACAGUUUAGAGAUCACACUGAGCAGAAGAUCACGCUGGAGGCUGUGCUCAACACCACAUGCAAAAAGUGUGGCUGCAGAGGUCACUUUGCAAAGGAUUGCUUCUCCCAGCCUGGACUGCAGUACAGUUUAGUGCCAGAAGAAGAGGAGGAGGAGCCGCCGCUGGCCAGUCAGCAAACCCAGUCAGAGCCCCAGAAACGUAAAAAGGAAAAGGCAAAGAAAGAAAAGAAGAAAAAGAAAGAGAAGAAAAGAGACAACUCUUCAUCUGAUAGCUGUGAUGAAGAUGCCAAACGGCCAAGGCAUUCACACACACAUUCAGAAAAGAAGAAAAAACACAAGAAACACAAACACAAGACAAAGUGAUCAUUUUGGUUUGCAAAAUAGUUGUGAUAUGCAUGUACAAGCUUGUGCAAGAACAGGUUUUUUUUCUGCAUGUACAUCAAGAUUAAAUCUAUCUAAAUGAUUUCGCAAUGUAUUUUUUGUUAAUAUUGUUUGGCCAUUAAAAGUUACUGGCUUCAUGUGUGAAGGUUAAAAGGUUCACUGCGCAACCUCCAAAUGGCCUUUCACCCAGAAACACACAGACACAAGAUCCAGUUGCUUGAUUUAGAACACAUGCGCGUUACCCAGCAGACACUGGAACAUGCUUAAAUUAGAAAGACCUCACGGAAUUAUAACAGUGUUACACUAAGUCCUGUUAAACAACAAAAUCACACAUGGCACUGGAGUGCUUGAUGUAAAUGUUGACACAAUAAAUUGCACAAGGUCAAUUUGGAGCAAAUGUCAUUUAUUGUAGACCAAAGGCAUAUGCCAUAACACUGACUGAAGAAGCAUAUCACACAC